CGGCAAUUUUAAUAAAGUUAGCAGGCUGUCUGCCAUAAUGGUAACACGCGUGUCAAGCUGAAGCAAGGAUAAUUUACAAUGCUCAUAAGUAAAUGGCAGCUAGCUACGUUAGCUAGCUUAGCUGUCUGAAGCAGCUAAUGUGAGUUAGGAGUUUUACGAAAUCCAGCAGCAGAAUAGUGAGAUGAUCAUUUAAGUUAUUGGUUUUUAUUUGCGUUUGAAGUUUACUUUGUGGUUACUUUACAGUUGAGCUCGCCUCAGUUUUACUCAACUUUUAGUCCACAUAGUUAUAAUUGAGACGGACGUAUAUCUCUGCUGCACAUUUCCUGUUUCCUAGCAACAAGAGCAAUGUGGAAAUGGGGAUGGAAGAAAAAAAAGACAAUUGGAAAAAAGGGGGUUGCCCUUUACAUAAAAAUAACUUUUAAAAUAAUGAUUUAAAAUAUAUCUUCGGAGGCUUGCAUUGAACCAGUACUGCUGCAGCCCAAUUUUCCUGCUUCUCCUAAACUCAAGUCACUCCUAACUGUGUGGAACUGGUUCUCAACGUCCUCUGCCGUAUUCCCUCCCUGGACACUCCUUGGACCUUAUUGUAAAGAACUAUCUUAUUUUUAUAUAAAGACAAUAAAGGCAUGUAAUGCAUUUCCCUCCUGCAUAUUCAUACACUCUGUGUCUGGUACACUUAAUUCAAUUGUUAUCUUGUAAUGGCAGUGCAAGAUCCUGGAAGGACUACAGGUUUUCCUUGCAAACAAUGUGGCAUGGUAUGUCCCAAUAUGCCCAGUCUGCUCGAGCACAUGGAUGCUCACCUUCAACAAGAGGAAGAACGCAAAUUUAAAUGUGAUGAAUGUGGACGUGGUUAUAGGCAUGCUGGUAGCCUAGCUAAUCACAAAAAGACUCACGAAGUGGGUUCUUUUCAAUGUAACAUAUGUGGUAAAGAAAAUUCUAACGCUUUGGCCCUGAAAAGUCAUCUCCGGAGCCACACUUCACAGAAAAAGUACUCCUGUGCAGAAUGUGGGAAAGCUUUUCGUCUGGCAACACAGCUGGCUACACAUGAGAGGGUUCAUCUUGCCAGACGAGUAAAGGAGCAAUCAUAUAGGAAGGUAGACAUGGAAUAUCCCACACGUGAAAUUGAAAAUGAUCAUCUCAGCGAGCAGUCGGCCAGUGUUGGGAUUUCUACAGAAAAUAGCCCACUCGAGGACAAGACGGAGGUUGUUUAUAAUGCGCAAUCCGAGACCUCUGAUGAUGCAGCAAAUCGACCGUUCAGGUGUGAUUUGUGUGACAAAUCAUACAUACACCAUCGAAGCCUGACCAAUCAUAAAAAGACUCACCAAGUGGGAAUGUUUGAAUGCACAGUGUGUUUCAAACUCUUCAGUAACAUGGCUGCCCUCUACAGCCACCAGAGAACUCAUAAGGCAAGGAGCGGGACAGACCCCGGUUCAAUGGGUGGGUCAUACACAGGCACUCCACUGGACCAGUUUUCACCUCAGAGCCAGGAUGCUCCAGUAAAUUUUUGCCAUUUGUGUCAGGUACUAUUCCCCAAUGAUGAGGAGUUCCAGGAACACAUCCAAAUGCAUAACUCCUCAUCUCUGUCAUUUGGGCUUCAAGAUACCUUGUCAGAGAACCACAAUAUAUCAUAUGACAACAGUAUUGCUUCGCCUGAGUCAAAUUUUUAUGCGUCUCCAAUAAAUAAUGUUCCUUCAGUAUCAUCAAUAGAUAAUCAUGGAGGCUUUGAUCAGCCACAGGAGCAGAUUAGAAGUAACGGUCAUGUGUACUCAGACUGCUCCACUAAUCAGACACCAUCUUCCAGUAGCACUCAGGGAGAACCCCCAAUCAUGGACACAAGCAUUCUCAAUCCUGCCCUGACGUGCACACAAAACGCUGAUAAUGCAACUGAAAUGGAAGAGACUUCAACUGUAGAUUCUGAUGAGCGUCCCUUCAAGUGUCAAAUCUGCAGUAAAAGCUACCGGCACUCUGGGAGCCUCAUCAACCACAAACGGUCACAUCAGGUCGGGAUUUACCAGUGUUCCAUCUGCAGAAAGAGCUAUCCUCACCUGGCCGCCCUCAAAAGUCAUCUUCGUCUCCACAAAGCUCAGCCGUCAUCUUUUAGCCUCAUCGCUGAGGGAGACUGGCUCUCCUCAGAGCCUCUGACUCUGGAUAACCAACAGGGCUGCUUCUCCUCUCAAGACGAGGAGGAGGAUGGCGCUCACCCUGUGCUUGGUAUGGAGCAGGAGAAUGGAGCUGACCACAGCAAUGGAGCUUUGUUCCAUGAGCAGUUUAAUCAGGACUUUUCCCAGGAUAUGACUGUGCAUCUACCUCACAAUGAACACCUGAUGCAGAGGCACAUGUGUGCAGACUGUGGUGAGACAUUUGCAGAUAUUGCAGGGAUUAAGUCUCACAGUUGCCCACUGCUACAGCAGCAACAUGACACUACUAGCAGUGACUAUGACAGUAAUAUAAAUUUCCAGGACAGUAAUGGUCACUGUGCCAUUGGAAAUCCAGGGAGUAAUAUAGAGUUCCAUGGUCUGAAUGGUAGGCAAGACCAAAGUUACUUUGAACAGAAUUUUCAUGAAAAUAUAAGCAUUGAUCAACUGAAUGAUGGCGGAGAAGGUGAUGACGCUAACGAGGAGGAUGAUGAUGGAGAUCUUUAUCAGUGCUCUAUAUGUGGAAACAGUUACACCAGCAUGAGGGCUCUCAGGAGCCAUCUCCGAGGGCACACACAGUCCCAUGGUACUCCUGCAAGCUCAGGGCCUUCUUCCAUGUCCUCCCACGAAGAAGUGAAAGAUGAUGAGUCUGGAGAGAUGAUGAUCUGUAGCACAUGUGGGGAAAGUUUUGCCAAUAGGCAGGACUUGAUAACUCAUCAGCUCCUACACAACAAGGACCGGGUAGCAAAUGUUAAUAAUUUACAUAUGAACAGCAGUGAUGUGUCUGGAGGCAAGGAGGAAGCACAGAGUAUCAUCUGUGGCAGCUGUGGCAUCUUCUGCACCAGCUACCAUCAUCUUGAGAACCAUGGCUGCACAGCUGGGAGGAAGGAUGAGUCGACACAUGGUGAAGAGGAAAUGAAAGUAAAUGAUGUUGCCCAGCAUGAAGACACUGGUCACGUCAAAGAAACUAUUGACACCGAAGAUCGUCACUACAAGUGUGAUCAGUGUGGGCGGUCAUACAGACACGCCGGCUCCCUCCUUAACCACAAAAAGUCCCACAAAACAGGUGUAUUCAGAUGCCUCGUCUGCCAGAAACGCUUCUACAACCUGUUGGCCCUUAAAAACCACCAGAGGUCCCACUUUGAUAUUAAGAGGCAUACUUGCCAUGAGUGUGGGAAGGCCUUCAAAAUUCAGAAGCAGCUCUUGAAUCACCUGAGAAGGCACAAAGAGAACCAAGCCAAAAUCCAGGAACUCAAUGACCAGAUCCAGGCCCUCAUGCAGAUGAAUGGGACCAGGUCAGAUGGAGGAAUGCAAUCGUUAACUUCAGAUGCCAAUCAGGCUUUUACCUCUUCUCGACGCUGCAAGCAACUGCCUGAAGGGAUGACAGGACAAACAAAGUCUGAGACCUCAGUCAAAUCAGAGGACACAGGCGACCGACGGCCUUUCGCCUGUGACCAGUGUGGGCGUACGUAUCGCCACGCAGGAAGUCUGGUCAACCACAGAAACUCCCAUAAAACAGGUGAAUAUUACUGUUCUGUUUGUAACAACACUUACUCCAAUCAACUGGCAAUGAAGAACCACUUGCGCACCCACUUUGCAUAUAAAAAGCAUUCAUGCCAAAACUGUGGAAAAGGCUUUAGGGGAAAGAAGCAGCUAUUAGCCCACAUUUGUGCAGACCUCAGAAAGGAUGGGGCCGGAAGUAGGAAGGGCCUAAAAUCCAGAUCCUUUAAGUGUAAGGAAUGUAAGCAGGCCUUUCUCUCUGUUGACCAACUGACAGCCCACACCUGUGAUGUACCUUCAGGCAGCAGUGAUGCACAAACAAAUAUGUGUUCAAAUAAAGAGGAGCGGCCUUUCACGUGCAACAUUUGUAAUCGCAGCUAUCGGCAUGCAGGCUCACUCCUAAACCACAAAAACACCCACAAGACAGGGCACUUCAGUUGCACCUUCUGCUCUAAGCCCUUCACUAACCCCAUGGCUUUACGCAAUCACACACGGAUCCACACACAGAAGAAAAAGUAUGUGUGUCUCACAUGCGGUAAGGCCUUCCGCCUCGCCAGUAUCCUGCACAACCACCAGAGGGUCCACAACCGGGUGGCGAGUCACUUUAGCUGUCCUGCAUGUGGAAAGAGCUUCCAGGGCAGGUCUGGCCUGAAGAGGCACCGCUGCCGCAGAGGUCAGGAGAACUCUGUGAGAGCUGGAGUCCAGCAGUCAGAGAGGGGAGACAAGUGCUUCAUGUGCGACCUGUGUGGGCGCUCCUACCGCCACGCUGGCUCUCUCCUCAACCAUAAAAAGACACACUCCGAAAACCUCCACCACUGUACCUUGUGUCUCCAGACAUUUCCUGAUCCUCUCACUCUACAGAUACACUCCCAGAUGAGGCGUCACUGCUGCCCCGAGUGUGGCAAGACCUUCUGUCUGAUCGCGCACCUGCAGAGCCACAUGGAGGUGCACUCGAAGGACCGGCCUGUGGUCUGCAGCCUCUGCCAGCAGAGCUUUCCCAACACAGCCAGCUACCAGCAGCAUCAGGACAUGCACCACAGGGCUCAGGACCCCUAUCAACAAGAUGUGGACGAACCUGAUAAUAACAUCUGCUGGGACUCAGGAAUAAAUCAGACCAUGGGAAUGGACGAGAUACACAAGCAGGUUCCACCACCUUUGUCCCAUAUUCCAGAAAGCAUCACUAAUUCACAGAAGAGUAACGACUCCGCUGGCACAGAAGAAAAGAGCCACGUCUGCGAGCACUGUGGCCGCACUUACCGCCACGCCGGCUCCCUCCUCAACCACAAGAACAGCCACAAGACGGGCUCCUUCUUCUGCUCCGUCUGCCAGAAAGAGUUCUCCAACCUGAUGGCUCUCAAGAACCACCGGCGCAUUCACACGGAGCCCAAGCGCUACCAGUGUCUGGAGUGCGGAAAGGCAUUCCGCGUGUCCACUCAGCUCAUAUGUCACCGACGAAUCCACACCAAAGAGAAGCCCUUCGCCUGCCUGCUGUGCGACAAGAGCUUUUCCAGCAAAUCCAACCUGCGGCACCAUCAGAAGAUGCACCAGAACACCCAGAGCUACGACUCCUCUUUUAGCAUGGAUGCUAACACAUUUAUGGACUUGGACAUGGGCUCUUUCCUUUGAAGUAGGAUUCCAGAGUGUACAAGAGAAGAGGACAGGUGCUCCUCCUAUCUAUCUGUUAUUUAUCCCUCUAUCAAUAAUUGUAAAACAGUAUUAUUAUUUUUUUCAGAAAGUGCUCCUUGGUCCUGACAGAAGCUCGUUUGAAGACAUGCACAUUUCAUUACGGACUUCCAGUCUUACCUCCACAACAGAUGGUGACAUCACUGAAAAGUCUCCAGAGGUUUUAUCAGUCAGCUUUUAAUAAGACCUGAAUGUUUUACACACACACAAUACACAGGAUCCCAGAAUACAGGGCCGGUGAUGAAAAUAUUAGUUGCCGCUCACUCCUCAAUGACAAACCAACCAACCAACCAAAGUGAACAGAAAUGUGCAGCCCAAGUCCAUGUAAGAACAUUAACACUGAUAAUAAUUUUUGUAAGACCAUACGAUGAUCUCUCCUCUCUUGCUAUGUAUAAUUGUGUUCAGUGCCUCUGUAAGUUCCUUAGGAAACAAAAUAUACAAACUAUAUUUAUCUCUGAAUCCUUUUGUUAGCUUUGCCGUGAGUGUCGAAGGACUGCUCACUUUCCUUUGGGAUUUCACAUAGGGCAAGCCUGUUAUUAUUAAGUCAAAUACCUCUGGGUGUGUCCAAAGGUCAGUGGCAAAGUGAUUUAUCGAAAUCAUAUUAUCAAGUAAAUAGUCGUACUGCUAAUAAUAUUCACGUUGAGUGACAUUGUAUGCUAAAAAUGGAUGUAUUUAUUAAUUUAUUCCUGUUAUUUUAUGUGUAUAUUUUAUUAGAAAAUCUUUUUAUGAAUGUUGUAAAAACUGUCUUCUAAAACUCAUGUAGCCUUUAAGGAACUUCAUCAGUUGAUUUGUAUCUACUUAUUAGUUCUCAGUUACAACAGGCAGGAAUGAAUGAGCCGAGCAUUAUUGGCAUUAUUGGCAGCACUCAGGGUAAACCAUAAAAAGGAACAUACCCGAUGUGUAAAACAUUGUAGAUCAGUUUCUGAACUGAGUAUAGCAUUCUUUUUCGCUUGUGCCAUUUCAACACUCUUAUAAUUUAGCUCAUGGAACAGUUGUCAAAAUCACUCCAACAUUUAGUUGCAGCUCCACAUGCAGUGCAUGCUGUUGAAUUAUGAACCUUUGAGAAGCAUCAGUUAUGUUGAAGUGCCAGUGCCUAAAAUGUAAGUCAAUUGUAGCAGUUUAAUGUGAACAAACCUCCUCUCACUGUAUUUGUUAUACUAUAAACCACAAUGUUGAUUUUAUAUUGUAUGUUACAUAAUUAGUUUUGGGGUUUUUUAUCUUCUGAUUUGUGAAUCUCCUCAGUCACAAACAGUUAAAACGUCUUAAAGCAGUCGAUAACAAAAGUAUUGCAACAAUGAGGUGAAAGUGGUUCCUUUUUGCCUCUCCAUGAAUUUUCUUCCCUCACAAAUACUUUAUAUGAAUCAAAUCGAAUGACUGCAUAUGUAUUUUUCAAACAAAUAUGUGGCCAAAAUGCCUAAUUUCUGCCAAGCACAAGUAUUACUGCAAACAUACCAGAGCUUUAUGGAUUUACAAGGACGAACCAGUUUCAUCUUCACUGUCAAGUUCAUGAACCACUUGUUCUGUGAAAAAUGUGCAAUUAUUGAUUCUCUGGGUUAUUUUUUUGCCAAGUUGUCUAUAACGUGCCUGUUGUUCCUGAAGUGGUUUCUUUUCACAAAUCAGAAAUCCAGCAAAAGUGAACGCAUGGCCUUUGUUUUUUAUAACAAUCUAAAAUUAGAUUUUCUUUAUGCCUUAUACAUUACAUUUCAUGUAUUAGUAUGUUUGGCACUGGUCAGAAGUAUGAAAUACCUCAUGGAAAGCCCUGCCUACCUAGCAACUGCUACUUAAUGCCUCAUGCAGCUUAAUUGUAGAGAAUACACUGUAACCGUAGAAACUCAGAUAGUUAUCAAUUGUAAGACAAAUAGAAUGGAUGAAGCAUCAAUUUUAAGGUUUUACUUUGUAGUUCGCGGAUGCUGUUUUCUCCAUAACAUGCUCGUUUCUCAGCAGUUUGUUGUUUUCAGAGUUAUAUUUGCACAUUUGUAGAUGAGACACUUGUAGCCUAAGGAGGACGGGAAGUAUAUAAUAAUGCAGCCAACCUGUUGUCUUUGUUGGGUCGAUGGACAACAAGUCGGCUGUUAGAUGGUUCACCUCAGCUAGAUUGCGGGUCAUAAUAUUUAAGCAAUAUGCUGAAAGUAUUGUUUCAGUGCAUGAAUUGAGUACAUCUCAUUUGUUUUGUCUUACCAUUGUAUCGAGUACAGUGGCAUCAGGUUCAGUAUACUGACUCUAGCCUUGAAAAACCAUGACAACUUGCCGUCUGCCAUUUUGUUCCAUUAUUUAAAAUCUUAUGUGUAUUAAUUGUUAUGAUUUAGAUGAUCUUACUGUAACAUAUUUUUCGUAUGCCAUGGUAGCCUAUGUAAAACGACUUGUGCACAUUUGAGUUCAAACUGACUUAUUAUUUUACAAUGUUCUCCCAUCUAAUCUCCUGUGGCACUUAAACACGUUCACUCCUCCGUCAUUGAUCACAAUCACAGCCUGGUAUUUGUGGCGUGCGUUAAUCUCAGAGCUGUCUCUGUAAAUAUUAGAAUGAAAAUAUCAGAUGGAUCUCUGUACGUUCAUGGCAAGAUUUUCUUCAGCAGGAGAAAACUGCUAGAUUAGCUAUUGUGUAAUAAAAAAGCAUAUACCACACGCUCUGAUUUAUUGGAUUUUGAGUGCUCAAAAAUGUCUGCUCACUAUUUAAUUCAUAUUUAUAUAACUAUUUUGUCACUCUGAAACGUAGAUUUUUACUUCUUUAUUAGAACUAGUUUAGAAUAUAAGCAAAUUAUUGAAAAUAAAACUAGUUGAAAUUAAUUAAAAGACUUUGAAAAUG